UUAUACCCAAUGAAACCCAGCCACGUAAAUAGUUCCGCUAGCCCCGACCUCACCACAGCCAUCCCCUCACUCUCUCCUCUCUCUUCCGCCUUCAACAUCAUCAUUCCUUGCUCGAAGAUCUGCAAGACAAAACCAUCCCUUUUUUUUUCUCUUCAAACAAAAAAAAAAAAAGAAAAAGAAAAAAAGGAGCUUUCUUUCUGUUUCUCUCUCUAAAUCAAAGCGAUGACCGACCCCAUUGAACCAUCAACGUCAACGAGCGACCCGAAUCUGAAUCUAAGCCCGAGCACUCUCCUCCUCCCUCGACGCGAGCCUUUCGAGCACGGCCUCCUACCAAUCCAGAAGCUCAUAUUCGCCGACCCGGUACAAGCCCUAACCCCUCUCAAGCAAAAACUUGUAUCGUCCUCAACUCACCGAGUCGACUCGGCGGCCCUCGCAGACGCGCUCCAGAUCUCGUUGGACCAUGCACGUCUCGUCCUCGAGACCCUCGCCUUGGUGCUCCACUCCGAAUCCGACCCACUUGUCAGCGCCAGGCCCGAGGAUGUCGAUUCCGUUGGUGCCGAUUUGCGUGAUCUGAUUAUGUUUUUGUAUAUUCAAUCAUAUAAGAGGCUUUUGCCGCGCCCGCACAAGGACUCCGCUGCGGUUGCCGAUGUUUGGCCUUCCACGUCAGCUUUCGACGGUUACUUGUCGGCCCUUUCUCCUUUGCAACUUGUACGCUGCAACACGCGUCGCUUUAUGCCAUCACAGGCUGAUGAAGAGGCCCAUCAAUUGUCCUAUCUAAAAAAGCACUUGGCUAAUAUUCUCUCUCUUUUGUCAGAGCCUGUGGAGGGGGAAGGUGAAGAGUCUCUGGUUUUAACCAUGGAAGGAUUUGAGCACCUUGGAUUUCUGAUUCAAUUUGGUGAUAAGGGAUCUGAAGGAGUUCCUUUAAGCGAAGCUGCUCCUUUUUUUGCUAAUUCAGAUCCAGACAUGCCUGCUGUUCCCGUUCCAGCGUCACAAGUUCAUGAUUGGCUUCUACAGAAUAUAGCUUCUUCUUUGGAGCAUGUUACUGAAAAAAUUUCUGCAAAAGAAAAUGGUCCUCCAAGCGGCUCUGAUCAGGAUGUUGCAAUGGCUGAUGCUAGCCCAAGUUCAGCUAAAGCCUCACCAAGUGUGAGGAGUCCUUGUUUCAUCGAGGGGGUCUCUAAAUCAUCUUAUAUAAAGCAGGCAUCUGAUCUUAAAAAUUCUUCUGUUAAGGUCAUUAAUUGCCAUGAUUCAGUCAUUUACAUUUUAGCGCCUUUGAGAUAUGCCACCAUUUAUGGAUGCUCUGAUGCUACUGUAGUUCUUGGAGCUGUUGGCAAGGCGGUAAGAAUUGAACACUGUGAACGAGUUCAUGUGAUUAUAGCUGCAAAACGAGUCUGCAUUGUCAAUUGUCGUGAGUGUGUAUUCUUUUUGGGAGUGAACCAUCGUCCCCUUAUUGUUGGCGAUAACCACAAGCUCCAGGUGGCACCAUAUAACACAUUCUAUUCUAAGUUGGAGGAGCACAUGACUGAAGUUGGCAUUGGGACAACUAUCAAUAGAUGGGAUGAACCUUUGGCACUUGGAGUUAUUGAUCCACAUGAUUCAUUAUCACAUCCUGCAGGUGUUUCUGAUGCUCAAGCUGAGUCAGCUGCACUCCUAGAUCCUGAUCAGUUCACAAAUUUUCUGAUUCCAAACUGGUUUGAAGGUGAAUCCACUGGGUUGACAAAGGAUAACCCAUUCCCCUUACCUGAUGCGUACUUAACAUCUCAACAGAGAAAUCAAAAGAAUUUGGGUGAGAUAAAGCAAAUAUUGAGGGAAGCUCCUCUUGAAGAAAAUCGAAAAAGAGAAUUAUCAUGUGCUCUUCAUGUAUACUUCAAAGACUGGUUAUAUGCUUCUGGAAAUAUUCGUCAGCUGUACUGCCUACAAGGUGACUGAUACUUCAAGGUUAUGCUUCAUGAUUAGAUGAGUUACAGAACGACGGUUUAUAGUUUUCUUUCAGUUUCAACCCCUUUGCCAGUUCCUCAGGUCAUUUCUGUGGGUACAACAGGCAGCUGAGAAUCACCCGUUUAAUUUGGAACGGCACAAAAAUUUUAUGGAUUGGCUUUUGUGCACAGAAUGCAAUUAUAUAUACAUUUGCUAAUCCCAAUGUAAUAUUUUUUUUUGGAUGAAAAGAAAAAUAAUCUUACUGUAAUAUUUGUUAACCUAGGUCUGCAAUCUUGUGAAUUUUUUGAUCCCCUUCAUCUAGCCAUGU